AUGGACGAACGUCAGCAUAAUAUAAUACGAUGCUGGUUGGAAGAUGUGGAGGUUGUGAGUGAUAUUGCGCCGAGUGAUACAGAAGGUAAUGAAGAGGAAUGUGUUACAGAGCUAAACCAUGACUCAGAAACAGAGCAAGAAUAUGAAAGUAGCAUAGAAGAGAAGGAAGAAAGAAGCACAGAAGAGAGGGUAGAUGAAGACAUGGAAGAAAAUGUGGAGAAUAGUUUUUCAAGUGACGACAAUGUUCCUCUGAGUACUUUCUCAAACUACUACCGGUCUAGAAAUGGUACUCGUUGGAACAAAACACCACCACCGUCAUCAAGAACUAGAUCGCACAAUAUUUUAGUACAACAAUGUGGACCUAAAGGUAACGCUAAAAACGCCCAGUCUCCACUGUCUUGUUUCGAGCUAUUUUUUGACGAGUCACUUUUGCAGAUUAUUGUUGAAUCCACAAAUAUUUACAUAAAUAUUGCUCAAUCAAAAAAUAAACGUGACAGAGAUGCUCGUCAAACAAACAUGAUGGAAAUUCGAGCUUUUAUCGUGUUAUUGCUGGUGAUAGGUGUAAACAGAUCGGGAAGACGGAACCUGAAAGACUGUUGGGAUAAUUCUAGAGGCACAGGAAUUGAAUUAGUCUAUUUGACUAUGUCGUUGAAUAGAUUUCGAUUUCUCCUUCGCACUGUUCGAUUUGAUGACGUCACAAGCCGACCUCGAAGGCAAUCACUAGAUAAACUUGCAGCUAUACGUGAUGUUGUAGAAAAGUUCAUUUCCAAUUGUAAAAACAAUUAUAAUCCCAGUGAGCGACUAACUAUUGACGAACAGCUUGUUGCAUUUCGGGGACGCUGUAGUUUUAUCAUGUAUAUGCCCAAUAAGCUUCAAGAACUAAAGGAUGAAAACAAGAUUUCUAUAUUGAAAUAUAAUUACAAAUGUAUAUAA